AUCGUACAACAUAGAACUUCAUGGCUAAAUCGAAAACAAAUAUGUAAUAUUAUAUAUAUCUUAUUAACAUCUUUCUGAACAUCUCUGUUAAUCAAUUACAAUGUUCUGUUUACGUCAUACACGAAGAAAAGUGUUUUGCAAGGACCCUAUUCUUCUAUGUUAAAACACAUAAUAGCAGUCGGAUAUGUCAUCAUGUGUACGACGUUCGCCUAUUCCAAAUCGGUAAAAACCAAGAUCAAAACUGAUCAGCUGAAAAAAAUACAGCGCCAUGAAGACUUCAUUAAAACAACAGAUCUGCUAAAUUUGGAUUCACUGGUUACAGAAGUACCAACCUUUAGCGACAGAACCUCAUUGAAGAUGUUGGAGGAUAUCACAGCCAAGGUUUGGAGAACCUUACCUGUGAUCAGCAUACCUCAAAGUUGGAUACUCGCAUACUGUAUGAAACACACUGAAAUUUCUGAAAACAUUGAAAAAGCGAGUAUACAAUGUCAAUACGAUGGAAUAGACUGGGGUUGCACGUUUAUCGAAUUGGGUGGAGGAGAAAAUGAUUUUAAUAUGGGAAAAAUCGUGUCAUCUUUUAAUGAUCUUUCUGAUCGCGGAUUAAAAUCAAAAUUGCUUCAUGCAGCUGAAGUUUGUGGAAAACUCUGGCAAAGAUACAAAGAAGUUCAGGAUAGAAGAUUAACUCGUAUGCGAUUAAACGUACAUAAUUGUUAAACCCAAAAGAAGAAUUGGAGCUUAACAGAUUGCAUUUAACAAUGGCAAAAACACCGC